AAUUGCUUAGAUUAAGAGGUUCUUUAUUUUCUCAGAUUCCACAUAGAAAAUUUUCACUCUUUCUUACUGUUUAAAAUUGGGUAAAAUAAGUGAAAGGUCUAAAUAAGCAUCAUGGUUUGAAUAUCAAGAAUGGAUUUCCCGUCUCCUCCCCAGUAGAGAAUGUCUUUUGUUCAUUUAUCCUUAUUCCUUGCGUCUCGAUAGUUCGUGAACACGAUUUGCAGCACUUUCUUUACCUCUAUGGCCUGGAAUCAACCUCCUCCGGGACACCAGCCUGGUUAUAAUCCAGCUUAUGUACGUAUUGUCAAAUACUUUCUAAGUUCUUGCUUUUGCCACGAAUUCUUCGAAUGUUUUUGAAACAUCGUUACAUGUUAACAUCUUCCGGAAGAUAGGCUAGUGUAUCUCGUUCUUGAGUAGUCAAAAAGCCGUUUCAUUCUGUUAUGUAACUGCUCUUGUGUUAAUGCACUAUAAGCAAACCUCGUUACCUACAAAUCAGGUUAUGUUACUUAGUCUACUCCACAUUCAUGGAUUACUUAGAUUGUAAUCAAGUUGGCAGUUGAUAACUCGAAUGCAUUCGUUCAGCUCAAUCGAUAGACAAAUUGCUAACAAGACAAUUUUCAUCUCACACCAAGUUAGAUUAAACUGUUUGCUAUGUUUUCUGUUUAUUUUGUGAUUUAAUUAUUGACGCACAUGAAAGAUUGCUAAAUGAAAGCUAUCAUAGUCGUCAUUUGGCAGAAAGACUGACACAUGGCUUUAAAGAAAACAGCCUUUUUCCGCUUGCAUUAUGUUUGGUGAAACUUGUUAUUUUUGAGCCCUGUCACAAAAGGAUGCAACAGCCCAGUAAAUAAAAUUUAAUUGUAAGAAAUGCGCAAAGUUGGAUUCCUCUAAAACAUGAUGGAUUUGGUUGUUGUCUUGUCAAAGGGAAUGUCAUGGAUUUUUACCCUAGCAUGUUGAAAAUGAAACAAAAGUUUUACUAGCUGUCAAGGGGUAGUUUAGGGUAAGGUGCAUUCAUUUUACAGAAAAAGGCCUAACCAGAGGCUUUUGCCCUGUUAUUGAAAAAAAAGGCUUAAAAACCCAUCAUCACCUUGAAUACACUGUAAGAUUAGCAUGGUUGAAAUUUGUCUCUUAGGAAAUAAAAACCAGUGAAAAUGUUGUAUUCAACAGAUGUACCCCUUUAACUCAGAAGAAAAAGAAGACAAAGCUACUUAUGAAAAUGUUAAAAGAAGAAUGCUCAGGGUGCAGGUUAUUGUCUUAAGGCAGAAAAUCUUGAAUAGUUUUCUCUCUUUAUUAAAACAGGGUGGGCAGUACAAUUAUGGUCAACCACAGGGAUAUCAACAGCAGAACCCAUAUGGCCCUCCACCUCCAGCAUCACAGUAUCCUCCUGGUUAUCCAGGGGGGUGGGGAGGCCGUCCAGGUCCUCCUCCUGGGGUUGAUCCAGUUCUCUGGGAUUGGUUUCAGGUAAAGUAAACAAAACCUUUACUAAAGAAAUACUUUGUUGGUACUCUCCUUUGAUAGGAUGUUAUUCUGGGGUAGGUUCCUCCCUUCCAAUUAUCUGUAUAUGUUUCUUGGACAAGAGACCUAUUUAGCUUGUAUGUUUUGUUUACCCCUUUCCAGUCUUGCAAUGAUACUUUAAAUGACCAUUUAUUUCAAAUUUCCUAUUAUUCAUGUGUAUUUAUACAAAAGGUAAAGCUGGGAAUUCCCUUGUGACCUGAAAUGGACAAACAAAACAUGCUAAGGAGGUCUACUCUGCAGUUAUCUUGUAUUGAGAGAGGCUCUGUAGAAGUUAAAUUCCUUCUUUUAGAAUCAAGACUCAAGUUCCAGUUUUCAAGGCUUGAAGAAUUUAUUGAGGAUCUAGCCUGAAAAUUUUGUAAAAUGUGCUAUAAAGUAGCCAACAACUACAUCAUUAUAUAUGUUCAUAUCUGUUUGAUUUUAAAUGAAUAAUGACUUUUAAGCCUAAUUUGGUUUCAGGCAGUUGAUCAGGAUAGAUCUGGAAAAAUAACUGCCAAAGAAUUGCAGCAAGCUCUCUUAAACAACAACUGGUCACAGUUUAAUCCAGAAACUUGCCGACUAAUGAUUGGCAUGUUUGACAAAGAUCAGUAAGUACCUCUGUCUUGAAUACCACCCUGCCUGUGCACCUAUUGUCAGAACUGUUGUCAUAAUACACAGCACCAUUGUUUUGUUAGUUUAACUGGCAUAUAAAACCAGUCUACCUGGAGAAUUGGUGAAGCUGCUGAUUUGAAGUCAGCUUUGUUUAUUUGUCUUGAAGAGAACUACUCCACAUAAUGUUAUAAAAAAUUUGUUAAACUUAUGAUACUGAUCAUCUUUUUCAAUAAAUGUGUGUAAAAUUUACCUUUGUAGAUCUGGCACAAUUGACAUUCAUGAAUUUUCAGCACUGUGGAAAUACAUUCAGCAGUGGAAACAAUGUUUUGACAGGUAAUGGUGAAUCAUUUAUUAACUUGAUAAGCAAGAUUUGGUAUAGAAGUUUGUAAGAUAGUAUAUUAGUGUUCAAAAUAAAAUUUCAGUGAGCUCAAUCACUGCUAUUAAUUUCCAUAAACAUAUAAAUGCAUGUGAAAAUGAAUUUAAUUAUGAGUUCAGGUUUUUAAUACAGCUGUAUCACUUUCCUUGCUCUAAGGUUUAGGCUGCAUAUAUAAUAAAAGAGUGGUGAAUAUAUUUGAUUUAUAUGGGGAAGGUGGAUUUACGGAGAUAUGACUUAGUGGAUAUUUGUUAAGCAAAAAAUGGUCUGUGUCUAAGUGAAAAUAGGUUUGACUAGAAAACUUAAAUGGUAGCAGCCAGAAAUUAUUCAAGCUUUUAGGUAGGAUUUAAUAAGUGGUCCUCGGCAGGAUGUUAGACAUCAUUCACAUGUGAUUUGUCAUUGUGAUAGCCAUCCAUUUGAUAGAUACAUGUGAUUUGUCAUUGUGAUAGCCAUCCAUUUGAUAGAUACAUGAGAUUUUACUGUUUUUAAUUCUGAGCUUCUUUUGAUUAUGAUAACCUUGUCAGUGUCUUGGAAUUCUUCUGGGUACAAAAACUACAUGUUGAUCUCAAUUAAAAAUUUGUUAAUAUUAAGAAUUCUCUUGAUUAUAUAUUCUGUAAUCAUUAAAGUUUCUCGUUUAUUAAUUCGCCAAUAAAGCUUUGAUCGUGACCGAUCAGGAACAAUUGAUGCUAAUGAACUUCAAACAGCCUUCACAAGCUUUGGAUACAGAUUGUAAGUUAAUGAGUUUGCCAACUCUGAAUUGCUUCAAUUGUUAUGUUAUUUGGUUUGUCUUAGUGUAUCUAAAACUACCUUUCAGUGACUAUAACUAGGACCCAACUAGGACAUGAACCUGGACUUCUUGACUCAGAGUCCACAUUUUUUAACACUAGGCCACUGCAUCCACUGUCAGGGUUAUCCUUGACUUGUGCAGUUCAAACCUGUAUCCAGAGACACUGGCAAUGAAUUCCAAUAAAUUUUUAGGUCUUUGUCACUUCUAGUUUAUUUUUCUUGAUAACCUAAACAAGUGGUGCCCUCGCAAAACCAACAAGCAGAAGCUAUAGGAAAAGGCUGUUAUAUCUGAAAGAGGAGAAAUAGUUGAAUGCACUAAUUUGAUUGUUUUGCCUUUUUUUCAGAUCACCAAGUUUCUGUAAUCUGUGUGUGCGCAAAUUUGAUCGCUUGAAUGUUCACACGAUGAAGUUUGAUGACUUCAUUCAGUGUUGUGUUAUGCUGAAAUCUUUAACAGAUGCUUUUAGGAAACAUGAUCAUCAACAGACUGGCACAGUUACCAUCAAUUAUGAACAGGUAAGAAAGUGAUGGGUUGUAAUUUGUUAAAGUUUUGACAAAUCAGUCCUGUAGUGAAACAAGUUUUUUCUGAAUUGUUUCACUUUAAGUUUUCAACUUGGUAUAUUGUAUAAGACCAGGUAGGAAAAGGAAAGUGUAAUGUGUGGUACUUUUGAGCAGUGGUAAAGAGCAGACCUGUCCUGUUGUGAUUUAUACGUUCAGCUGGAAAAUGAUAGACUUCAUUUAUCUGUGAAUUUGUAGUUGUUGUUGAUAUCUUCAUUUCACUACCAGUUAAAAAUAGGUAAGAAAAUCAUCAACUCUCUCACAAAGCACUUUUAAAGGUUCCCUGACAUUUGAACCAGGAUGGAAGCACUUUGCUUCCCAGGAAACAUAAUUAAGGCUUUGUCAUUGGUUGUAAUUGGGAUUGUGAUCUCCUAGAGUUAGCUUGAAAGUACUAGAGGGAGACUUUUGUAUAGCCAGUGAUUUGGGAAAAGGCCAAAAUUUUUAUAGAACUGCACCCUGUAUGGUUUUCCAGUAAUGCUUAUGUUGGUUUUUGAAAUUGCCCUAUGUCUUAUAUCUAGGAAAUUUGAUUUCCAUGAAUUCUCAUUCAACAUUUUAUUUCAGUUUCUAGAAAUGGUGCUUGGGCACACUUUGAGUGGAACAUAACAAUGUUGAUAUGCUGUGUUGAAUCUUUGACUCUCCAAGUAGUCCUCCAGGCAGUAUGUCAUCUUUUGAAGGGUUUCACUGGCUUGCACUUCAAAACUGCAAGCUAAAAGUACUAAACCUUACUUACUAUAGGUACAAUUAGAAUAUCAUUUUAAUAAAUUGUGUAAUCUUGGGUAUGACAUAAAUGUUUUCCUUUUACAAAAUCAGGGGAAGUGUUUAGGAUGAACUGUAAUUACCUGUAGGUUAUUAAAAUCUUUGUUGUCUGUUUCCCCAGUGUCUGCACUUGUUAUGAAUAAAUGGGGGGAACUUCUGUUUUCUGUUGGAUUUAAAUUAGCUCUUCAAAAAUAGAAAGACAGUGCAAUAAUAUUUAGAUUUUUUUUCAUUGUCAUUUGCUUAAGACAUGCUUUUAAAUGGGACAACCAUAAAGUUUUUUAUAGGAGAGAGCUUUACAACAGCCUCUAUAGCAUAUUUUAUUGUAUAUUAGACCACAUAAUUUUAAGUUUACAAGCAAUGUUACUCUUAGCAGUUUUUACAAGUUGUUUGUUAGCCCUUUGGUGUUAGCAAUAUUGAUUUUCUGUAGUAUUAAGUGUUAUCUUGAUAAGAUAUUACACUGUUUUUGCAAGAAUAUGUUUUUGUUUUUCUGUGUUGGAGUAGACAGAUUUGUCUAAAAGGCAUUGUGUUGAGUGUCAAGUUUUUAAUUCAAUCCAUAUUUUCUUCUCUGGGGCAUCUUGAAGUGGCGACUGAAGCAGCCAGUAAAACAAUACAAAGUAAGUGGUGAGGUCGGUUGCCUGCUGCUUCUCAUCAAGUAGAAUUUUAGGUUUCAUAGAAGCCUUCCUGAUGAAGGGGUGGAAAAUAACAUUAGGUAGUACUUCUUAUUUUAUAGAAAUUUUUUUGCUCAAAUUACCAAAAUUACUUAUCCUCGAAGUGCAUCAAUUUAACAUCUUACAUGACUAAGUCAUAAAUUAAUAGAGAGAUUCUCAUUUGCAGAAUCUUAUACUUUAUUUGCAGGGUUCCUUCUUGGGUGCUAGGGCUAGUCCGUACUUUAUACAUGGUGACAAGGUGCAUAAUUUUGUACAGAAUAUUCAUCACUGGCUGCCAAACUUAAAGAUAUGCAAAAUUUCUCCCAAACAUCCUGUUAUGGCUGGUUAUGCCAAGCUACCAAUUGAGUUUUUUUCUCUUCCACAAUCAGGCAGAGAGAGCUCUGUAAGUCCCACUAACCAGCCUACUUUAAGUUGUCUAUUACAAAAAAAAAUUACUUAGCAGUGAAACUAUAGGUAGUCUUGCCCUGUAUCAACCAUUUUAUGUUAAUAAAUGUUCUUCUGAAAAACCCGCUUUCUAGGAGUCUAGCUAGGGAGAUUUUCCCUUUCAUUAUCACCCAUAUCUCCAACAAAAUUCUGAUUAGUUCAAAACUUUGCCAAAGAUGUGCCUACAACUUGCUACAGCUGAAGAUUGUAAGUUCAAAUUUGAACCUCAAGGGUGUAAGACACUUCUGUUUGCAAGAGAACAUAGGUACAAUGCAUAACAGUUUACCAAUGUAGAAUUCUUUAAGACUCCUAAGGAAUUUUCAUAAAUUCUUUUCUUUCCCACCUGAAGCACCUUUGAGUCCAAUCUUGCAUGACCUAAAUUUUUUAAACUGCAAAUUAAUGAUUAAGGGGGAGGGUGUUUCAAAUAUGACCCCAUGCUCAUCUCUCUAGUCACUUAAAAAUACAAAUAUCUCUUGCUUUCUAGGAACUUGUGGCAAAUGAUACCAGUUAUUUAUCUAAAAGAGAUAUUUUUUACAAUUAAAGUUUCAUUGAGAUUUUCACCCUAGCUCUCUUUCUCUUACACGACCCUACCCUUGAUAGUGGUUAAGUCCCAGUCUUACCUCUGUCUUUGUAAACAAUCAAUAAACAUGGCGGACACAACGACUUCGAAUGGAGUAUCGCUGCUGUUCAAAAAUUUGACCGCGCGGGUUAGAUUUAAAUUUGAAAUGAUGGCAAAGAUCGAUGCCUGAAGUCUUCCAAAUUUGAAAGGUAAAAAUGACAAUGCAGGUGUUACGAAGGUUUGCAUAGUUUUACACCCGUUUUACUGUGAUCUUGUGUUGUUAUGAUUGUUGAUAUCUUGAUCGAUGGUAUGUUUUUCGAUUUCCUAAGUUAAGCAUUUCAGUCCAAGAAUUCUGAAGCAGCCUCAACAUUUGAAGAGUGCUUUAGGAGUAUUAGAGCCCUUGGAAGGAACGGCGUCACCUUGUUCCUAAAGAAUUCACCAAACAGAGUUUUAUCAGGGAACCCCACCCCAAGAUCCCAACCCUUACCCCUGUAAAAGACACUUGUAAUCAAAAGAUCACCUCUCUCAUAUACCUGGCACAAUAAAACUAAUGAAAACUGCAUCCCUUUUCUGCCCUAAGAGAAGUGAAAACAGACAGAACCUUAAAUAGAUGGCGGAGCAGCUUUUCCCUUGAGCCACCUCUAAAAUAAGCAAAUAAAUUUACUAGGUAGGCACUUUUAAAACCUGACAACAGUAUUCCAGAAUCUCUUCACAAACUGACAUAUAUGAUACCUGUACUUAUAGAUCUUAAAACAUCACCAGCUUAAAUGAGAGGUCCCCUAUCAGGUGAAAAAUUGAUAAUUUAUAAAAAGUACUCCCCACUGGAUGAUAGAGUAUUCCCCCAUGUAGCCAUCUCUGCUGCCCUUCAUAAAUAGUUUUUGCAUUGAAAAGUAUUCUGAGGUUUGAUAUUCAGUCCAGCAUAGCCCCACUCACCACUCAUGCUGUCCUGAAAACAUUGUUUUAACAUCUGGUUGGAGAGUCUGUGAAUUAUUACACUCAAUUUUUGUAAACCUAUUGAAAGCAGACUUUUGUUUCUGUAAUUUUAUAACUUAAUGUUUUCUACCUUUUAAAGAAAAAUGCAGGACAGUGAAGGAGGGCUAUUUCAAGAAUGGUUUUCCUCCAUCAGUAGCAUUCUAAAUCAAAGAGUCAAUGUAAAAGAGAUCUCAGCUCAGUUUGGCUUGCUACAAUCAGAUGAAGAGAGAGUUGCAUUUGGUUUGAAUUGGGCUUGCCUCCAUGAGGUUAUGAAGGUGGAACCUUGCUUUAAUUCAAAGUCAGCAGAACAUUCUAUCAGACUGCGUAGGGAAGGAAACAAAUUGUACCAAAAAGAUCGACAUUACAAGGCACUAGAAGUUUAUACUUGCAGUAUUUUGAAUGCACCUGUUGAAGGUCCUGGUAAUGAAUUGUCUCUUGCUCUGGCAAAUAGAUCUGCAGUCUUGUUUAAGCUAAGGGAGUAUCCCAAAUCUUUGGAGGAUAUUCAACAGGCUUUGAGCUAUGGGUAUCCUGUGGAACUCAGGUACAAGUUGCUUGACAGACAAGGAAAGUGUCUUUUACAACUUGGUAGAAGAAGUGCAGCCAUUGACUGCUUUCAAGAGGCUAAGAAGGUUCUUGAUGAGUCCAAGCUGGAUGAAACCAAAAGAGGAACUUUUUUGAAAGACCUUGAAAUGGAAAUUUCAGUAUGUAGAACUCAGGAAUUGAAAGUAAACAAAAGUCAUGAAAAGCAUACAGAUAUAAAUGAAAAUGAUGAUCAUCUGUUGCACCAAGAAUUUGCUUUGCCAAAACACACUCAUGAAAGGAAUAUCAAGUUUACUUCAGCCUCUUGUUGUGUGGACAUCAUCUCUUCCCCAGACUAUGGUCGUCAUUCAGUAGCAACUCAAGAUAUUUUUGUUGGAGACAUCCUGGUCAUUGAAAAGCCUUUUGCAUCUGUUCUUCUACCAGAACAUGUGGAAACACACUGUUAUCACUGUCUGAAGCGUGUGACUGUCCCAAUGCCUUGCUGUCAGUGUACUACUGUCAGGUACUGCAGUGUAGUUUGUGCAAAGCAAAGCUGGGAUGGUUAUCAUUCAGUGGAAUGCAAAUAUCUCAACCUUAUCCAUAAAGCCAAAAUUGGCAAAAAUGGUCACCUUGCUCUGAGAAUAAUAGCAAAAGCCAGAUAUAAAUUCCUGAAGAACUUCAGACGUGAAAUGAGGAAAAGACUGUGUGACAAAGUCAGCCGAGAAUCUGGCUGCCUAGAUGAUGGAAGCUAUAUUUCAUCUGAUUACCUUCCAAUUUACUGCCUUGUGACUCAUUCAGAGGACAGAAGUGCUGGUGAUCUGUUCCGCCGCACAGUGAUGGCCAUAUUCCUGUUAAAGAUACUUCAAGGAGGUAGCUUUUUCGGCAAGGAUCCAUACUCUCAAGAUGACCUGAUCUUCAUUGGUGGCCUGAUCUUGCGUCAUCUUCAGUCAAAUCCUUGUAAUGCUCAUGAAGUUUCAGAGCUUCAGCUGAAUCUUAACUCAGUUGCCACAUCAGAAACAGGUGAAAUUGCCUCAGGGAUAUAUGCUACCCUAAGUUUGUUCAAUCAUUCUUGUGAUCCAUCAGUGACCAGAAACUUUUACGGUGACACAUGUGUUGUGCGUGCCAUAAAAAGUAUUCCAAAGGGUGAAGAAAUUUCUGAUAACUAUGGCACACUUUGUGCACUCACUCCUAAAGCUGAAAGACAAAAAGAACUUGCAAGUCAGUAUUACUUCACUUGUCAUUGUAGAGCUUGCAAGGAAGACUUUCCUUUGUAUUUAGAUAUUCCAAGCAAUGCAUCCCCAGUGUUUAAAUGUCAAAGCUGCUGUAUUCCUCUUUCCAUUAAGAAUGAGGGCAAAGUGCCAUCAAGUGUUUGUUCCAAGUGCCAUUGUUCUUAUGAUUUGUGGCAGAUGAGAGCCACUUUAGAGGAUUCAACUCAGUUAUUUGAGCAAGCCAUUGAUGCUCUUCUUCUCAAAGCAGAUGUGGAAGGAACCUUGAGUGUGUUCAUAUCUCAUCUUAGACUGCUGGAAGAGCUUGUGUGUCGUCCCUGGCAAGAUUACAACAAGUGCCAGGAGGCAAUCAAACAGUGUUACAGUAUUAUGGGCAACUGUCAUGUACUGAAUUGA